CAAGUCGACGAGAAACCAAAGUACUUUACAGACAUAAAUGCAUCGAAAAUCUCCGAAAUAUUAUGAAGCAUAGACACAUUUCAGCUGUAACUACCGUUGGCAUAAUGCCUUACAAUUUAGGCGACUUCUAAAGGUUGUUCGACGCAGUUCCUAGAGCCUCGGGCCAUCGUAGUUGACCCCAUCUUUGGAAAUCAUGGAGAAAGUGGAGGUGUAUGAGGUGGUGAAAGUCACUGAGGAGGUGGAGAGCUGCUACAGCCAAAUGGAGGUGGCUACCCCAAAAAAGAGGAAGAGCAAAGCCCAAGAAGACUCUGCUGAGAAACCUAAGAAGCCUAGGUCUGCCUACCUGCUAUACUACUUUGAUGUUCACCAGAUUAUGCAACAGGAUAUACCUAAUCUGCCACAGUCAGAGAUCAACAAGCGUAUCAGUGAGAGCUGGAAAAGGCUAAGUGUGGCUGAGAAAGCCUACUAUCUGGAGAAGGCCAAGUCUGAGAAGGAGGGCAUAGAUACAUCCUCACUCAGUCCUUCCAAAGACCUGCCAGGCUUCCGCAAGAUCCUUCCUAGAGCCAGCUACUUCCUCUUGUCCAAAGGCAGCCCCUCAAAUCACCAGCCAGGAGGCUCCCAGUCAGAGGUGAGCAUGGAGUCUCUGGAGCCUCUAGCUGAAGGAGGCUUGCCCUCAGGCUCCAGUGCCCAAGAGCCCCAGUUGACAGCUCUAGGGUUGGCCGGUGAGGUGGAACUUUCCGAGCAGCCCAUUGUUGUUGAAGAGAUAGCAGAGGAAACUUCAGUAGUGUCUCGUUCCACUGACCUCCAAGGAAUCCCACCCUCCUCUUCCUCCUGUGUCUCAUCCAAAGUCUGGGUCUCCACAGACAUCCAGGGCUCCGCUGACCUCACAGCAAAUGGGGUAACACUGAAAGGAAAUGAGACACGAGCUGCCAGUAGUGGUUAUGGCAGGACGAUGGUGCAGCAAAUACAGGGGGAAACUACACAGGUGGUUGCCAUCAUCCCCUCGCAGAACUUGCUAGAGCCCAAGUCUUUGGCAGGUAUCAGCUCUGUGGGCCCAGUGAUGAUGGUCUCUGUAGGAGCCAGUUCAGAACAAAGUGCCAAGCCUUCAUAUAAAAUGUCUGUGAAAACAUACACCAGGAGAGGGCGAGGGAGGUGUCUGAAUCCUGGAUGUUCAUUUGUGUAUGUCACCCGCCACAAGCCACCAACGUGCCCUGAAUGUGGGAGCCUUUUGGGUGGAAAAUGGAUACCUGCUGCAAAGAAGACACAAGAGAAAGAAGCAGCAUCAAAGCAGUUUCCACAGAGAGCUGAAACCAAGCCUAAUGAAAGCUGCCAACCCACACAGCUCCCUGCUCAGGAGGGGAAUGCUGAUGUCAGUAAAACAAACACCACUGGGAGCAAAAAAGAAGGGCGAGUUCAGUGGCGCUCCAGAAAGCAGCAUGUAGUUCCAGGUGGGAAGCCACCAGAGGGCAGCAGCACCAAGCCACAAGAACAAACAAAUAGACAAUUGAAACCCAGUCCUAAAGGUGCCACAGUCCAAUGUCCAGACAGAAGCAGUGCCACUGUUCAGAAGAGGCCUGUCAGACCCAUCCUCCCUGCCUAUUACAGCACAGGCCGUGCCUUGUUUCAGAUCAUAACUGUCCCACCUGACAAAGGAAAAUUUCAGACUGCAAACAACAACAAAUCAUCAACUGUGACCAGAGAGAGUUUCUCAGGUCUAAAACCCAGCACUUUAAAGCAGCUCGGCCAAGCAGUCACGACAACCACAGCCAAGCAGGAUUCCCCUGCUCCAGCAGAUGGAAGCCAGCCUGUGUCUUCACUGACUGAUAGGAGAGUGAAUAUCCUGUCAGUCGUGCCUUUCAAACAGCACACUGUCUCUAACUUUGACUUGGGACUGUCCACAGCACGAGGCAGGGGUCGCUGUAAAAACCCAUCCUGUGAUUAUAUGUACAAGAACAGACACAAACCUGCAGUGUGCCCUAAAUGUGGAUGUGAGCUGACUCAGAAGAACACCAAGGCAGCAAAGUCUGAGAUGCUGCUGGAUCCGUACCAGGCCCUGAGUCCUGCUCAGAAGGACAUCCAGCGGCAAAAUACACUGCAGCUACUGCGUCGUUCCCUGCAGAUUCCUGAAAGCGAGACUGAGCUUCAGGAAACAUUAAACCUCAUCCAAGAGCUCAAUAGUCUCCAGAUCAUCUUGGUUCAACCAGGUGACCAGGAGCAUGAAGACAGCACAGGGACGGAGACGCUGGUUGAGUCUGGGUGGCCUCAGUACUUUGAAUCAGCAGCUACUCACUGUGGCCUGUGUAACUACCCUCUCUUCAAGGGAGGUCAGAGUACUGUGGCAGGGCAGGAAGACUGCUGGCUGCUUACUGAGGCCCUGGUGCAGACAGCUUCUCUUCAGCUCAAGGUGUGCCUCAACGUUCAGUGUCUGGCUCUGCACAGCUUCACUGACCUGCAUCCAGGUUUGUUCAACAUCGGGAACAGAUUACUGGUGAGUAUUGACCUGCUCCUGAAGAUCAGGGUGAACAUUAGACUGGGCCAAGCGCCCUCUCAGGCAGCCAGGACUAUACUGGACCACAUCCCCAAUCAUCCUGUCCAUGCACUGAGUCCUGAGGAGUUAUCCCAAAUUCAAGAGCUUCUCCUGAGUGGCUACUGGGCCUUUGAGUGUCUGACGGUGCGAGAUUACAACGAUAUGAUCUGCGGCAUUUGUGGUGUUGCUCCCAAGCUGGAGAUUGCACAACGACACACGCGCAACGUGCUGGAGCUCAAGAAUGUGGAGUUUACCUGGCCUGAGUUUACAGUCUCAGAUGAGGUACAUGUGGAUGACUUCUGGCUGACCAUGGAGAGUGAGGCUAUCGAGCAGGCAGCUUUCCCCACCGACAUCCCUAUCACACGUGUGGACGCUUCAAUCAUCGCUCCCUUCAUCCCCCCUCUGAUGAGGAGUCCCAAUGUUAUCAACACAGAGAAAGACAAGGCCUUGUCACACACAGAGCAGCCCUCAGGAGAUCCAUCAGUUCUGGUGCGUCUUAUUCAUGAUGGUCAGCUGAGACUCGACAAGAUUGAGGAUCACAGUGAAGACGAGCUGAGAACAAUACUGGACGGCUGCGGGGUGAACAUCACGUCAGGCUCCACUAAGAAUGAGCUGCUGGCUUCUCUGAUUUCAUUGUGCACGCUUGUUCAUAGCGGCCUCUCCACUGCGCCACAGCCGCCUCCACACCUCACUGCUGGCAAGCUGUCUAAGGUCUGCCCCCACAAGGUGGUGUGUGGCUCUAAAUACUUGGUGAGAGGAGAGACGGCUCGAGAUCACGUCGACCUGCUGCUGUCCUCUCGCUACUGGCCCCCAGUCUAUGUUAGUGACUGUGCCCGUCAGGUGGCACUCUGUACAGACAUGCUGUAUCCAGAACUGGCAACCCAGAUGUGGGGCAGGAACCAAGGCUGCUUCUGUGAUCCCUUUGAAAAGCCAGAGUUUGUUUCAUGUGCUGAGCUACAAGACCAGCCGUACAGUGCUGACCUUUCCUUGGUAGCUGAGAACCAGCAGGUCCACCCCAUCACCAAAUCUUCUUCUUGCUGGCUGGUUCAUCCUCCUGGAGCAGAACAGCCCCCGGAGCCUCCUGCUCCAGAGCACCACUCAAUGUCCCACUGCAGAGACCUGGAGCCCUACAUCAGCCUGGUGGCUGAGCUGGAGAAAGAGAAGGAAGAAGAGGAUGAUGAGGGGCCAGAACAGAAAGAAAACACAGACAAAGCUGAGAAAGACACCACAGAGAAAUCAGAGGACUGUUCCUCUGUGAACCGUGCACGGUGGCGACCUGUGGUUUUCAGCAACACAGCCUAUUACUACCUGUACAACCGUAUGGUAGAUUACCUCACUAGUAGGGAAAUCGUGAGCCAGCAGAUCAACCAAGUGGUGAAGGCCUGCCAGCCGGGAGAGGUGGUGAUCAGGGAUGCUCUGUACCGGUUGGGAGUGGCACAGAUCAACACAGAGAAAGAGGAAGAAGAAGGAAGUGUAAUUGAUGAACAGACACAAGAGGGAGGGACAGAAACAUAUGAGGUUGUCCUGCCUGAAUAAAAAUGUUUAGGAUGGACAGCUGGAUGAAUCAACAGGCAGACAGAGGCAUGGACUGAAUGUAAAGAUGGCUGCAUGCAAAGAGAUGAUUGCAGAACAAAAGAGCCAUGUGGGAAAAGGAGAUGCCAUAAGGAGAGAUGAAAGUGCUACCAGAAGCGUCCAAGAGUGUGAGAAAUACAGUUCUAACCCUGAGGGAGCAGAAAGUACCAGAGAGUAUUUUACUGUUAGUAAAGGACUAGCCUGUACAACAACACACUUCAUCAGUUAUACAGUGCUGACAGGUUUUUCUGAUGUGAGGAAAUGUGCUGAAUAUGGAUGCAGUGGGUUGAAUCUUGAAGAAGUGGACUGCAGAGUGCUCAGUAGUGUUUACUGUGAACAUACUGACAAAGACAUACAUUAUAAUUACAGGUUACAAAGUCAUUUUUAACUAUCUAUAACAGUGGGUGCGCGAAUAAGUGUAAGUUAAUAUGGUGGAGUAAAUGCAACACUUUUACCAAUGUGGUGCCAAGAGUUAAAAGAAAUGAAAAAGUAUGUGAAGGUGAUAGAAAGUUGAGUCCUAAAUCUAAAUCAGUGCUUUCCUGUGACUGAACGAAUAUAAACAGGAUUUAUAACUCAGCUACUUCAAGCCUAAGAAUACGUAACCGUGAAUAGUUGUAUAUUUAUUGCCCUUUUAUGUCCAGAGACAUUACUGCUUUGUGUUUUACACUCUUACCUCUCACCUGCCACUUGUUGCCUUUUCGACCGAUGUUUGCUUUUGAAAAGUGAUGAUAAAAAAUCUAUCUGUUCAUUUUACUGUAUCAUAAUGUGAUGAUGGACCUUUUGGCCUUUUGCUUCAUUUUGGAUCAUUCUGGCUUCUCAGUGGAUAUCCAUUCGAGGAUGCAUUCAAUCAGUUGUCUUGACUCUUGUCAACCAAUCACCAGUUAGCCAUUGACAAUAAACUGGAGAUAUGUA